UCCACGUUUUAAGUGGAAAACGAAGUUCUUGGCAACGUUUCUGGGAAAUUUCUAUUGGAAUAUCGAUGUUGGUCUAGACAGGGCAAGUCGAUCUCCCGACGAUUUGGCCCGCAAAGCUUAAAAAAGGGUUUAAUCGUCCAAAGUCUCUUUUAUCAGCCGAUGUUGGCAAGGCCAUGUUUUUCUCUGGUUGGCCAAUAAUCGCUUGAGAGGUGCUAUAUACACAACCGGGGCCUCGUUAACUGGCUUGUUGUGUUUUGUGUACCCAAGGACAGAAUAAUUGAAGAGGAUUAGCAGAACGGAACAAAAGCGUCACAAACUAGGCGUAGAAACUUGGAAUGGACAAGUCCUGUUCUGGAAAUAUGGAAGGCCAUUCGGGAAGAUAACGGCAAAGUAGUCUGGAACUCUGUUCUCACUAUCGUCUAUAUGUGGACUACAUAUAUGUACUUGUUUACCAGCGCGGCAAUUUAACACGCCAUGGUACCUCCGUACUCUUCCAGGGAAUUUACUUUCACACCAUUGGGUUCUCAUUUUGCCUAAGUCUUUUCUGGUCCAUGUACUACGGUCCGUUCUUCAGAAUUUCCUAGAGGACAGAAGAACUUGCCCAAACACCCCCCCCCCCCCCCCCGUCUCCCCCCGAUGUUUUCUGUCUCCGGCCUAUUCACUGCUGCCAAAUGGAAGUUUGACGAGUCACAUCGCCCGGAAACCCCGGACAAUCCCGGAGACCAUGCACUAAGAACAGUGCGGAAUUCACCCACCGGAACGAUUAGUCCAGGGAGGAUGACAACAUGCUGCUGCUCUCCAGAUUUACGGUCGUCAAAAUCGAAGAACAAGAAAAAGCAGAAGGAUACGUCACGACUGCACUCACCAGAGGGCGCUUCCGUCUCAGAUAUAGAGAGUUUCAACAGCGACAUGUCGACCAAAAACGGCUUCACGGACAAAGAGACGUUAGAACUGAGCCAAGCGUUCAGCCACUUUGACAAGAACCACGAUGGCAAAAUCUCCAGCGACGAGUUGGCAAGCGUUAUCAAAAUACUGCGAUUUAACAUCUCUGAAUCAGAAGUGGAAGAAAUGAUCAGAAUAGUGGAUAAAAACGAAAAUGGCUUUGUUGACUACGACGAAUAUUUAAGCCUGAUGCGAAGGUUUUCCAAAAACACACCCAACCGAGACGUGGACGAAAAGACGCUGGAAGCGUUCCGGGUGUUCGAUCUGGAUGGGAACGGAUUCAUCGAUCGACAAGAGCUACAAUGUGUCAUGAAGACUCUGGGCGAAAACCUCUCUGAAGAUGACGUCAAAGAGAUGUUCUCAGAGGCCGAUUUAAACGGCGACGGCAAAAUAGACUAUAAAGAGUUUUCUCGAUUAAUCUCCCACUUGUCAUAAAACAACUCGAGCCUUCUAGACGAAAGAAAAUAACCCUUGACCUUUAGAGAGAACAGCACAGAAUGCUCUUGUUAUUGAUGUUGGAGAUCACCCGAAGGUUGUAAACGUUUUUUUUCCGGGGAGAGAUAUCGGGGGGACUUCGGCAACAAAGGGAGAUAAUCGUGGAGAGGUGAGACAACCUGUGAUUGCUCACGGAUGUCGUGUGUCAUCGUUGUGAGAUAGGAACGUCUUUUUUCUAUGUGAUAAACAGUUUCUACGUUACAACCUGGCUCCUGCACCAAUGGUAUAACUGUGAUCCAAUCUCUAUUUGGACGGAUGGGACUCUCUAUUAGCGACCGGAUGUGAUGCUGUUCUGCAUUAUUUUCUGUAAUGCGGAGGGACUUAGAGGGAGUUCUCCGGCCCUCCCUUGGGCAGAUCUCUCCAUUCAGUAUUACAUAUUCCUACGCCUGAGCGAAAGCGGUAGCAGAACUCACCAUUCCCGCCAUGCACAUGUUCUGAAGCUGGGGACUUAGACAGAUCACGGUACGGCUGGUUUCUCGUGAGAUGUUGAAGGAUGAAUGCUCCCGCGCUGAGGAUGCCGGUUAUACAUAUAUAUCGGUCACUCCUGAAUGACAUUAUGAGAGGAUCUCGUCAGACCGGCGUGAUUCUCGUGGACACAUUCCUUAGGUCGCUGUGACUGAUGUCAAACGACGGCAGAGAAAAAUUAAAAAAAAAAACUGUGUCUUUCAAUUCAAUUCAACUUGAUCUAAGGCGUAUGUCAGGUUACCAAUUAUUCGCACAUUGUUCUAUGUUUUCUGCAGACAGCGUAAUGAGGUUGCAAAGGGCUAAAAUCAGUCAGCCACAUGUUUUACACUACUGUCAUUAUCGAAUUACUAACAGCACUGGAGAUUGGAAACAUGCUCCCUAAAAUCUUAAGAAUUUCUUUAUAAUAUUAUAAUAAAGCGAUCAAUAGUCCUUCUGCACUCCAUUAAAAUGUCCAUAAAUAUGCAGAAAUUUUUUUUUCUUAACUUAGUUUCACUAAUCUUUUUUAUCUUUCUUUAUGGAAUUUAAUACUAAUUUCUUGUUUGCAAAUACCCUGGCAGCCAAUUUUCUUUACACAACAAAAUUUUCUCACUUUUUCCAGUGAAAUUUCUCAUUGUCAUAGCAUUGUGCUUAUAUCGAAUCUGACCAUUAUGGUUUAUUUGAUUUUGUAUUUGUGUUUUCCUUGUAAAUGUGAUAUUUGUUAGAGAAUUGCACGAAAGCAGGAAAUAGGCACGACGCAGCACAUGUCAGUAGUGUACAACUUCGAUAUUUGUCGUUACCAUGACAACCAAAAUUUCCGGACUGACUUCAGUUAGAUUGAUGAUACUUUGAAUUUAUUAAAACAUUUACAAAAACAUGUUUAAAAAAUAUAGAAAAUCAAAGCAAUGUGAAUUUAAGCAAAAACUUUGUCGCUACGCAUGCGCCUUAAUCACGCUUAUCAAAAUAAUGUUCGUUUGUGUCAGUGUGUUUGUUGACAUUUUUAUUGUUCGUUGAAGAUCAAGUAAUUUUUGUAUUAUGAGAAAUUUUUUCUAUGCCACACUCAUCUUUUUGUACACGUUGGACACUGUUAAAAAGGAUAAAAAAAAGGUUCGAGCAAAGCCUUUAUGCACUUUUCUGACUACAUUUGUUAGUAUAUGUACACUGUAAGAAUUGAAAUAUAGUUAAUGGUUU